UUUCUCUCUCUCUUUCCCUCCAUCCCUCUGUCUCUCUCUUAUAUACUGGCACACACACACUCAGGCAAAGUCUCAGUAGGAGAGGAUAAAGAGAGCCUGUGCCCUCCGUGUGUGUGAAGGAUAAAGGGGGCCUGUGCAUAGCAGUGUAUUGUUCAGCAGCUGGGCUAGAAAGGACUGAGCAAUGUAUCGUCUAACACGCACAUACACACUCGCGUUAACACUAAGCAGUCCAUAUACAAAGUCCGUAAGCUCAGCGCAAACAGACACAUAGUGAUUGCCAACUCACACAUGGACACUGAUAUAACAAACACACUGCAUCGUCUACGCAGCCAGAGAGAAGGGGUGCUGCCGACACCACACACUCUGUGUGUGUGUGUGUGUGUGUGUGUGUGUGUGUGUGUGUGUGUGUGUGUGUGUUUGGUUUCGUGUGACUUGUGCACUCAGAGCCCGGACAAGCGGAGAUGGAGACGGUGUGCCUGUGUUUUCCGUUGUUAGACUGUGGUGAUCUUCUGAUGUUUAAUAGAAGAAACAUGCAACUAUGUGAAUGGUCCACUUUCCGUGCCAUCAGCUGCUCUCUUGGCCAGUUUCGGGCAUCUUGUGGUUGUUAUUCAUAUCUAUUUUGGAUGUGAAUGUAGUGCUUGGAGGCUGGAAAUGAGUGUCUGAUAUCAUACACCAGGAUGGAAAGCAGUUGGGCAUCUGCAGAGUUUGAUCUAGCUCAGAUCAGGUUGAUUGUGUAUCAAGACUGUGAGAGAAGAGGACGCCAGGUUCUCUUUGACUCCAAAGCAAUACAUAAACUGGACGCAUCCGAGCCGACUGCUGAUGAAACCAAAACUCCCCCCAAUCGGAGUGGUGCUUGCCAUAUCGGAGGCCAAACAAGUGAGAAAGACAAGCCUCCUACAUAUCAGUAUACCAGACCGGCUUCAGACGUGAACAUGCUUGGAGAGAUGAUGUUUGGCUCAGUUUCCAUGAGCUACAAGGGUUCAACUCUUAAAAUUCACCACAUUCGGUCUCCACCGCAGCUGAUGGUCAGUAAGGUUUUUUCUACCCGGUUUGGCAGCAGCACUGGAAGUACAAAUACGCUGCAAGACAGUUUUGAGUCAAUGAGCCAAACUUUUCCUAGUCACACCAGCAGCAUAGGAGUUUGCCGUGUACCUAGCGCUCCUCUGCUCUGCCUCGCUCGGAGCGCAUCUUUCUUUGCAGCCCACAGUAAUCCAGUGGACAUGCCAAGCAGAGGACACAGUGAGGAUGGAGACAGUGGCAUUGCUCGCUCAGCAUCUCUGAGCAGUUUAUUGGCCACUCCCCUACCCUCACCUGGUUCCUCCUUCAGCAGCGGCUGUGCCAGCAGUUACCAGCGGCGAUGGCUCCGUAGCCAGGCCACCAGUCUUCAGCAUGGCCCCAUGCCUCGCUGGAGCACUGAAGAAAUGUUCAACCUGUCUGACGAGAGCUGCAGCUCCAACUCUGCGAUGAUCCGGAGGAAGAAGAUCGCCAUCAGCAUCAUUAUAAGCCUGCCAGAGAGAGAAGAGGAAAACCACAAUUUUCAGGAGUUUUUCUUCUCCCAUUUUCCUUUGUUUGAGUCUCACAUGAACAAACUCAAGACUGCCAUCGAGAGGGCAAUGAUUUUGUGCAGAAGGAUAGCAGAGUCUAGUCAGCGAGUGCAGGUCUAUCUGUGUCGAGUGAUGGAAGCACUGGGAGAAUUCAGGAUGACGGUGUGGAACCUGUACAUGGCUCCUCGCAUCAGCGAGCCAGUCUGGCUGUCCAUGAUAUCCCAAAGUACCGAGCGAAACCUGCUGUGUCAGCGCUUCCUGAAGGAGAUGAGUUUGCUGAUGGAACAUGGAGCCAAGAGCCAGUUUCUCUCAGCUCUCCUUACUGCUGUUCUUACGCAUCACUUAGCCUGGGUUCCCACUGUGAUGCCCAGCAACCUGCCGCCAAUCAAACCUGCCUGCCAGAAACCUGCCUCACAGACAGUGGAUCUGUUGGCAAAAUCUCACCCAUACAACCCGCUGUGGGCUCAAUUAGGUGAUCUGUAUGGUGCUUUGGGCUCUCCAGUGAGAGUGUGUCGAACGGUGGUCGUGGGACGCAGGAGGGAGCUGGUACAGCGAGUCUUGUAUGUUCUAUCCUACUUCAUUCGCUGCUCAGACCUGCAGGAGCAUGUACAACCUCAAGGACAAAUGAACAAUCCAGCCAAUCCCUGCACCUCUCAAACAACUGACCCCACCUCUGGAAGUGAAAGGACCAAUGAAAAAACAUUUCCCCUAAAACCAGACCCAUUAAAGCCCUCUCUUAGUGUUAUCGAAACCAGUGAAAAAGCACUGAACUCUGGCUUGGGCAAUGCCCAUUUUGUAGAACAAAAUGAUCAGACGCUUUUGACUGAUACAAAAUCAAUUAAUCCAUCUCCCAGUUUGGAAUCAACCACUGCCAGGCCUGAAUGUACAGAAAUGGGACAGGAAUGUUUUGGGGAAGACAGUGACUCUGUUGGGGGUGGAUUAGAGCACAUUUUGGCCAAUCAAAGUCCUCUUCUGCAUAGGGUGCAGUUUCACAUUGGCAGUCCCAGGGAGGCAGAGAAUGACGGACAAGCCAGCGGUCUUACUGGGGCGGGGUGUGGGCGGGGAUUGGACAGGAAGUUGCAUCAAAGGAUUUUGAGUGACAUACGAAGGAACGAGAGCUCAGAUAGUGCUUUGGGUGACAGUGAUGAUGAGGAAAUAUCACCGCAUGAACUGUACGUGGCUACAGAACAAAAGGAGUAUGAGUUACCACUGCCAAAUUAUCAGGUAGAGAGUCGAGCCAGUGUUAAUCAUUUUGGCCGUUCUUUGCUGGGUGGUUACUGUCCUCAGUACAUGCCUGACUUUGCCUUGCAUGGCAUCAGUUCUGAUCUCAGGCUCAAACAGUGCCUUAUGGCUGACCUGGAACACACUGUUCUCCAUCCGGCGCUGGAUGAACCAGUGGCCGAGGCUCUGUGCAUUGUGGCAGAUACAGACCGAAUGAGUGUGCAGGUGGUGACGAGUCAAAGGCGCGUGUGUGAGGGCGGGCGGAUGGGCAGGGAUGUGAUGGUGUCCAACCUCAUACACACGCUCAUCACAUCAGUUCUGCAGCUAUAUGCACUCAACAUCGCAACCGAUUUUUGUGUGAUGCAUCUGGAGGACCGGUUACAGGAGGUGUAUUUUAAGAGUCGAUCCUUAGCAGAAUAUCUGAGAGGACAAACCAGGGUCCAUGUAAAAGAACUGGGGCUGGCACUGGGGAUUGAGUCCAGUGACAUUCCAUUGCUUGCAGCAGUGGCCAGCACACACUCACCCUACGUGGCUCAGAUCCUUCUUUAAAAAGACCAAGCAAGAUUCAUUUCACGUUACGGACCAAUCAGAAUGUGUUCCUGUUCUGCAUGGACCAGCAAGGAUCUGAUCAUAUCAGAUGACCACACCAAUCAAGAUGCACUGUGCUCGACAACCUUUCAGAGCCGACACCCAGCCUUAAUUUACCAAUCAGAAUGCCUUGUUUGUACAGCUGACAGUCUGUGUAUGUACGUACGAGUGUGCAUCUAACUAACUAUCUAUAGACUGAAUCGGGCACCAUACAAGGGACCCUUGUUAAUGCUCUCCAUAUGUUAUCUUGCGUCUUUUCAAGUCUUAAAUGAAAGGGAAGACUGGAUACCGCAAAGAUUAUUGGUGGAAAACAUCACUAAGGCCAAGAAUACGGAAAAGCCUCUACAAUUUACCCUUCCAUACAAUGAUGGCUCAACGCUAUAUAUCUGAAGGCACAAUAGUGUAGUUAAUUAAAAGGAUAGUCCUCCCCGAAAAAUUGUCAUUAUUUUUUUACUUUCAUAUCGUUCCAAACCUGUACGUAUUUCUUUCUCCUGCUGAAAAAAAAAGAUUUUUUUUUUUUGUAGACCAUCCCUCUAAAGAUGAGAGCAUAACUAUAACAAUGUUUCUCUGUGAAGCACAUUAGUUUACAUCAGGAGCCACAUUUUGUAGAAUUCUUGAGACAUGGCUGACCCAAAAAUAAUGAUUCUGCCAAUUUACUCACCCUCGUCCAAAUUUGCAGGACUUUUUUCUGUUUGAAGAAUAACUCUUUUCCAUAUAAUAAAAGUGAAAUUAGAUGGGGACUGCAGCAAAAUGACAAAAAAUACCAUAAAAUUUUUAUGGUCCAUAAAAUUAUAUUCUAUCUUCUAAAGUCAAGACUCGUUUUUUGAACUUUUUUGACAUUUUAGAGCUUGACAGUCCUAAAAGACUGUCAUCAAAUGGAAAAUAACAGCCAGGAUAAUCUUCAAAAAUGUCACAUUUUUGGUUUGUCAGUCAUGUGGGUUUAGAACAACAUGAGGGUAAAUCACCUUUUGGGUGAUCUGUCCCUUUAAACCGUUAAAUUCCAAACAAAUGGUGCAAGCACACAACAAAAGGACAUUUUCAAUGAAUUUCUGGAAUUUCAUUCAAGAAAAGCAUUAGUUUGGUCCUGAAGAAUAAUUUGACAAUGUAAGUCACAGCAGCAUUUAGUUCCUUAUGUUGGAUUUUGAUCAAAUCAAUCAGUUUUCACAGUUUUCGUUUAAUCUGCAAUUGAAGUAUUUUUCAUAGUCCAUGUUCUCCAGAAAACUGUGUUUGCUUUAAUCUCUGAAAGAUGAGAGAAUGUUUACAUACUGGAAAGAGGAGUAGACUUGAGUGUGAUAUUAAAUUGUGUAAAUGUUCAUUACUGGACAGUCCAUGGAUUGUGGAUUACAGUAUUAAUCUGGUGCUACUAUUAUGUCAAAGGCUUACUAAAGCACAUGCACACUUUUACGCUCUGUCCUUGUGAAUGAUUUAUAUUUCUUUCAGUGGUGUAUUCCACAGCAAUAGAACCCUAAUAGAAGUUUGUGACGCAAGAAAUUGAAAAUACUUUUUUUUUUUUUUAUUGUUGUUGUUUAUUGUUCCAUUUUAAAGAGCUAGAGAAAUAUGAUUAUUUUUUAUAUUUUCACAGAAUACUCUACCUCAAAUAAAAGAUCUGAAAGUGGCCUGAUCUGGAUUUAUUGGUUUGAUCAGUUAGUAUCACACAUCAAGAAUGCAGUGCUUGUAUUUUGGAUUAAAACAGAUCUUUUACAAUUUUUUUUUUUUUUUUUUGAACACUAAGGUUUGGCCACUUUCAGUAGUCUCUUGUUUUCAUUUUUGUCUGUUGCCUGCAUGGUGUUUAUACUUCAGGUUGAAUGUGGUUGAGUAUUUUGUCUGUGACAAUAGGAUGUUGAUAUGAACUGAACUAGUGAUGAAUAAACAAAUUGCCAGGAACUGAA